CGAAAACUGAAACAUCAUCUUUCUAAAAAUACUUAUUUUGAAGAUUUUGGUAUACAUUUAGUUUGUUUGUCAUAAAAAGACAUUUCAAGAAAAGAAUACGUGGUAAGGUAGCAGAGUGGGAAAAAUCUACAACAAUUAGCAGAUAAAAACUGAAAACUGAAAGAUGUAUCAGGAUGCAGAGACAGGAUUUGCUGAUGACACAUUUCAGGAGGGAUCUUUUGGAGAAGAGGCUAUCAGAAAGGGUUUUAUACGAAAGGUGUAUGGUAUACUCCUAACACAGAUUAUGUUUACUCUUGGAAUAAUGUCUAUAUUUUUGUAUAUACCAGAAGUACGGGAGUAUUCUAAACAACACAUUUGGUUAUGGAUCCUCGCUUUUGUGAUGACAUUUAUUAUUUUGAUUGUAUUGGCUUGUUGUGAAAAUGUACGCAGAAGUUUCCCACUGAAUAUGAUCUUUCUAGGAUUAUUUACUUUUUUCGAAGCAUUUUUACUGGGAACUGUGGCAGCGUGUUAUAGUGCAGAUGAAGUUAUGUAUGCUGCUGCAAUCACAGCAGUUGUAGUUUUAGGACUGACAAUAUUUGCUUUCCAGACAAAAUGGGAUUUCACAAUGAUGGGAGGGAUGCUGUGUGUAUUACUUCUUGUGUUAAUAGUUUUUGGAAUACUAGCUGCGAUCUUUCACAAUAAGAUUCUGAGUAUGGUUUAUGCAUCAAUUGGAGCCCUUAUAUUCUCUGCAUACAUUGUAUUUGACACACAGAUGAUGCUAGGAGGGAAGCACAAGUACGCCUUGUCACCAGAAGAGUAUAUUUUUGCAGCCUUGAAUCUGUACCUGGAUAUAGUCAAUCUAUUCCUCUUUAUUCUGGCUAUCUUUGGUGGAUCAUCCAGAGACUAGAAUCCAUAAAAAAUGAUUUUAUACGCUCUGUUCAAGAAUAGAUAUUAAGUUAUUGGUUUGUAGGGUAUUUCUAGUCUAAAAUUUGUAAUGGUUUAUGCGUAACUUUACAGUAAUAAGAAUCAUAACUGAACAGAAAUGAUGAAAAUUUGCAAUUAUUUUCUACCAGAAUUCAAGUUUUGCACUUUCUAUUUUGAUAUUUAGUACUUGUCUGUGGUAAUCAUAUUUACACUUAGACCUAUUUAGUUUUUGUGUUUACAGCUUAUAUUUGGAAGAUUAAAAAAUCCUGAUAAAUUAUUUAAUAUGACAAUCAUAUUCAUACUCAAUGUUCCUUGUUUGUAGCACUUUGAACAAUAUUUCAUUGUACAUGGAAAUUUAUGCUGGUAUAUACAAGGGUCCAGAAACCGUCAAAUUUCUCACACAUAACUGAUUCAAAUUACAAAUACCUGUAACUAAAUUAAAACUACUAAAAUCAUUCAAACUGAUUGAAGUUUGAAAAUUUACCAAAGCACUUUUGUAAAAAGUUGGUUUUCAUUCAUAUAUUUUGAUGUAAUACUUUUAUAUCCAUGAAUAAAGCUGCCACUCCAUAUUGUUUGAGUUCAACGUGGCUCUCAAAGUUACUGUUUAAUGCCACUAGGUAUCUGGUAAAUGCUUGUUAUAACAUCGCCCUUUGUUGUUGCCAAGUAGUUGAAAUCAGACAUUUAGGAGAAUUUAUUGAUUAAGUUCAGACAAUUAACUUCACUAAUGGAUAACUUUUAAGCUAAGCUUGACUAAAUUCCUUAUUUUGAAAAAUCUAAACAGUUAUUUAAGAAAAAAUAGAACAUUGAAUUUUACUACGCAAUAAGCUUUCCUAGAAAUUCCCCCUAUUUUUAACGAGUACAAGAUUAACCAUGAAAUAUGAAAUAAUUCAAGUUACAAAAAUAAGGCGUAGAGUUCAAGUAGUUUGUGUUGUAAAACUGAUGAUAUGGAUUCCCUUAUGUUGCAACUCCUUGUACAAAUUUAUUGUUUUUAAAAGUGCAGAAAAUCGUAAUGAACAGAAUUCUUAACCCUUGUUGAUAUACACCAAAACAUGCUAAUACAUAUUUCUGUGUAUUCUCUUUUGUAUUUAUAAACACACUGAUUUGCUACAAAAAUAUGAAUAGCAUUCAUGGCUUUAAAGGUUACAAAGGAAGUUUAUAUUCAACUGCCUUUUUUGUACUAUUCAUGUUUUUGUGAAUAAGGGAACAUGAAUAAGUGGAAUAGAUAGUAUUUUGGCACCUACAACCUUAUACUGCUUAAUAAUAUCAGUUCACUAAUUAUUGAACAAAAAUAAAUGAUUUUUUAGUUACACAGUUUACAUAUUUAAAGCAGGAAGUAUAAGGGUCAAUGUUUGGCACCUAUAAUUUCAAAAAUAGUUAACUUAUUCAAGCCAUUCAAAAUUAUGUUGAUUACAGAGGUAAAUUAAUCAAAUGUUUAAUCUGAAAUCUUUAGUCCCUCCCUUGUGAUAUCACUUUGAUAUAUAUUAAAAGAACAUGUUGAAUAUGACAUUUUGAUCUAAGAUGGCCAUUUCCACAUACAUUUAGUUUUGGGUCAAAGUAUACAUAAGUAAUAACUUUGAUAAAACAAAUAUUUUACACAAAAACCUAUCUUCAUAAAACAUUUUGAAGCAACUUAUCUAAUGGAUAAAUCUUUUUCUUAUAUCUAAAUAUCAAUGAAAAGAUCUUAAGUGUGGCUAUUUUUGCAGUUUUUAAUGUUGAAAAUUAUAUACUGAAUAAACACUGAAUGUCGGACAGACCUUUAAAUGUCUUUUCAACAUUUGAAGGAUGUUAUUUGUAGUAUUUGUAGUAUUUUUGUACUUUCUGUACCUUCCCUUAUACAUGUUAUAAGGCUUUUCUAGAUAUUCUUAAUUUUAUUAAAACAAACCCAAGAAUUAUGCAGCCAUUUUUAGUUUCAAAGUAUCAAUUUUUAUGUACAUAUUUUCACCACAGUUUUAUGGGAAGAUAAAGGAUUAUCAUCAAACUAGCUUUAUUGAAUGUGUUAUAAAUUUUUACUGUGCAUUAUGGACGAGAAUCUGUUUUCAGUGUUGGUGUACUACAUAUGCAUGUAAUAUUGUUAUGUUUUUAUAUAUAU